CUAAGUAUUAAUACUAUGUUUUUAUUACCAGGUAUUUAGACUUAAUUAGAAAUCCUACACUGUCUGUGUAGCUAUUGAAAACUUUGCUUCAGCAAAGAUAUCUCACCAUAUUUAUCUUGGAUUGGUAAUGCAUGUUGUGAAUGGCGAGGUAGUAAAGGUGCCUGUUUAUGUCCUUUGACAGGGAGUGGGGGGCUUGAAAGAGAGAAAACUGCUACAGAGAGGCCAGAACUUUGAUCUCAUUGAUGUGUUGCAGGAGGCUGUGUGACUGAAACCCAAGCCCGGUAACAUGUCAGACUUUGUGAACUAUUCUAGGCAUCAGUAGCUGACACCGAGAUGAGGGAUUGGGGGUGUCUGGGGGUACAUGUGUGCCUCCAAAGAACUAAGAACUGCCAGCCACUAUGGGCACCAUCUGACAUGCUGUCCCUUAAAGUUAGGAAGUAAAGCUGUUUAUAACCCCCAUAUCACAGUUCCUAGUCCUACACGGGAGAGCCUGAUUGGAUCCAUUCAUAGAAGUGUGUUUUUAAGGCUCCACCGGUCUGUGAUGCAAAGACUUGUAGUCCAGCGUUUGGCCAGUGAGUGAGGUUUAGUGUGAAGGCAGAUUGCGAAGGAGCUGUAGUGACCUUGGGACGGCUUGCUGAGGGCAGGACAGAAUUCCUGAAGGGACACAUGGUCUAGAGUGACAAGACCAUCUGCUGUAGCGCCAGCAGUAGGAGGAAGGCGGAGGGGAUCGGACACAGGGGUGCUGAGAAUUCCUUUCGCUGGGGUGUGGAGGGUGUAGAUAUUCUGGGAUAUCACUGCUAGCGCUCCACCAGGAAACGUGUUUCUUUGGCGUUUUUCAAACAGAAAUUGAGUAAAACACUUGAUGGUGAGAGGGGAUCGUUGCAGGGUUAAACUGGGAAGAUAUUGUUUUGGCCCUACCGUUCUCCGCAAAGUGAGUGGCAAUAAUGGUUUUGGUGUGUCGCUGUUUUACUUUGGUGGAUCCAGUUUCCUUUCCAUCUCAGCACAGCCGGGGCUGAGAGAGUGGGAUCUGGUAGGCCUUCUGGCACCGACCUCUCAGAGGAUCAUCUUCAGCGGAUCUUCUUUGGAGUUCUACUGUUCAUGGCCAGGAUCUACUUUCUUGCUGCCUCACUUAAGUUGCAUGGCCUAAACGAAUGAAUAUUUUUAUGAGGCUCCUUGCACCAGAGAUGGGCCAGGACCAAACCAAGCAGCAGAUAGAGAAGGGCCUGAGGUUGUAUCAGUCCAAUCAGACGGACAAAGCACUGCACGUGUGGACAAAAGUGCUGGAGAAGACCUCAGAUCCUGGAGGGAAGUUUCGAGUGCUGGGGUGUCUGAUCACAGCUCAGUCAGAGAUGGGAAAAUAUAAAGAUAUGCUCAAGUACGCCCUCGAUCAAAUUGACACAGCCAGAGAAAUGGAGGAUCCAGACUACCUGACCGAGGGCUACCUGAACCUGGCACGUAGCAACGAGAAACUGUGCGACUUCCAGAAAACUGUUUCCUACUGUAAGACCUGUUUAAAUAUGCAAGGCACCACAGUCAGCCUCCAGCUCAACGGCCAGGUGUGUCUCAGCAUGGGCAAUGCCUUCCUGGGCCUCAGCGUGUUCCAGAAAGCUUUGGAGAGUUACGAGAAGGCCCUGCGCUAUGCACACAACAACGACGACAAGAUGCUGGAGUGCAGAGUGUGCUGCAGUCUGGGAAACAUCUAUGUCCAGCUUAAGGACUAUGAGAAAGCCUUGUUCUUCCCCUGUAAAUCAGCUGAGCUUGUAAAUGACUACGGCAAGAGCUGGAGCCUCAAGUACCGAGCCAUGAGCCAGUACCACAUGUCUGUAGCCUACAGGAAACUGGAGCGCCUGCCAGACGCCAUGGAGUGCUGUGAGGAUUCUAUGAAGAUUGCUCUGCAGCACGGUGACCGACCUCUGCAGGCUCUGUGCUUACUAAACUUUGCAGACAUACACCGCUGCAGGCGUGACGUUGAUAAAGCAUUCCCUCGCUACGAGUCCGCACUGGGUAUCAUGACGGAGAUUGGAAAUCGUCUUGGACAAGCACACGUCUACCUGGGAGUUGCAAAGUGUUGGCUUCUGCAGAAAGAUUUUGACAAGGCUCUUGAUUCUUUGCAGCGAGCACAGGAAUUAGCAGAUGGAAUGGGAAACAAGCUGUGUACGCUGAAGGUUCACUGCCUGAGUGAGGGGAUUUAUCGAAGUCGGGGGCAGCAGAAGGAGCUCAGAGAGCAGGUGGUGAAGUUCCUGCAGUGUGUCGAGGAGCUGGAGCUCUACUGCGGCAUGUGUGGAGAGUCCAUUGGGGACAGGGACCAAAAGCUGCAGGCCUUACCCUGUUCCCAUAUUUUCCAUUUCAAGUGUCUGCAGACCAACGGAACGAAGGGUUGUCCUAAAUGUUUUAAGUCCUCCAUGAAGCCUGGAUUCGUGUGACUGUGAGGCUGUGUUUUACGUGUUGGAUCUGCAGCCACAGCGUGAAGCCUGACGGUCUCCUGACUGAUCUGAGAGAAGCAGGCAGCCUUUGGAUGUUUCGAAGAUGUUCGAGGAGUACUGAUUCACUGCUCUGUGCAGAGGAUGCUGAACUGAACACAGUGCCCCAGACGGCGGCUCUGAAGACCUGACAAAUGCGUCCACAUUAUUUACAGACAUCAGUCUGAGUGACUGAAGCUGACAGAGGAGGUACGACUGACAGUGUUACAUUUUGGUAUACACUGAAGAAGGGAGAGCCUACAUUGUCUCUGAUGACCGGGUUUUUAUUGUAGAAUUUAAAUAGAGGAGUAUGGACUGUCCAAAGAGAUUUUUUAACUUUGUGUAUUUUCUAUUUUAUGUACAAGAACUGUUCAGUGGUAUCUCAGUAAUCUUAGUAUCAGGGUGUAUUGUUCAAAAUCUAUCACCUUUUACACCACAACCACUUGUUCUUGACUCGACUGUUUUUUGAUUGUUUUUUUUUUUUUAAAUCAGAACACAGAGCCAUUUCUGAAUUUAACUGAUUUCAUACAUGGCAUAUUUAUUACUGUAUUCAUGUACAUACUAUGGUCAUAUUAAUUUGUUUUAAAUUUUUGAUUUAUUUGAGGUGUUUUGUAAAACCUAGAACUAACUAAAAUCUCUUAACCAUUCAAAAACUAGUAUGUCUUUACAAAACAGUCAAAUGCAGCUGUUUUUUUUCCUUAUUCACAAUAAGAUUAAGAAGCAGGAUCAACACACAUUGUGUUCCUAUAAAUUCCUUUUCUGUUCAUUUCUUGAAAUGUUUUACCAACUCUGACAUACAAAAUACUAUAGUUGCAACUGAAGCAUAAAUAUUGUUGAGAAGGAAACCUACUGGGAAAGGAUCUCCUUUGACCAAGACACACUUAAAAUUAUUUAGAGGAGACAUGUACAGCCUGCUUUAAUGUUGUGUUUUCAUAUUUGUAGUUAUAUGUAAACAAGAAUUAUAUGGUACAAUCUCAGUAGAUGAUUAAAAUUAUUUACUUGCAAUGGCAUUGUAAUUUAGAGGGAGAAAGCCAAAAAGCUGGGCUAGCACAGCAACUGUUGCAUGUUUCAUUUACAAUGCUGAGCAACAAGGUUGGAUUACAUCAAAUUAUGUGCCAAUAUAACUGUGUAUAUAUAGCUGUUUCAUAAUUGUUUGUUAUAGUAUUCUUAAUAUUCAUAGGUUUUAAUCAUUCAUCUUAAAUUUAUUUUAGACGUGAUUUGGAAAAAAGUCAGUUAAAAUCAUGUGGGCUUACACAAGAUCUUUCAUAUACAGUAGGUUUUCCUCAAAACAUGUAGUAAGCUUACUAUGUUAAUAUUUUUGUAGGGUGUAUGGUAUAAAAGGCUGGCAUUGCAGGCACAAAAUACUUUUGAUGAACCCUUUUUGAAACUUUUUUUUUAAGAGGUGACAAACUUGAGAAAUACACAAUACUGCAGCUGUACUUUAAAGUAUUUGGUUUUCUCUCUCUAUACAACGUGCAAGCAGGUUGGCAGCGUGAGAAGAGAGAGACCAACAUAUUUACUUUUACCGCACAAGCACUUGUUCCUCAUUUUACAUCACUGCCUGAAGAGCAGGACGGAUAUUUUCCUGUAACGUAACCUCACAGGGACACCUCAACCUGAUGGCACCGCACUUCUGAAAGGCACCUGCUACUUGUUUUAGAUCCCUGCAUCCAAAACAAUGUUGAUUCACUGUCUGUUUACCUGUGCUACAGUCAAAUGCUUAUAAAGCACAGAUUUUAUCUAGACUUUUUCUUCUUGUUUCUCGGGUAUUUUGCUUCUGGUGACGAUUUUUUCUGACAGUACAGCCACUCAUCUUUAACAGUCUAAACUACCUCUGUUUUUGACUCCUCUUCAGAGGAUUAAUGCAGUAAUAACACAACAUUUAAAUACAUGUAGAAUUAUGUUUUUCUAGAUAUGUUGGUAUAACCAUGGUUCAGUGUGACUAAAAUGCAUUGUUAAUAUAUUUAUGCAUUGAGUCAAACCAUAUUACUGUGUCAAAUAUGGAAACAUUUCAUUAUGUAAAAU